AUUGUGGUACACGUAUAUCAGCAUCAAUUCUUCUUAAACCCCACUUAGAAAAAUCGAUCGAUCGAGUUCAAAUAUCUUUCUUAGACCAUUCAGCAAAUUACACUAGUAAUUAGCUAGCUAGCAAUAUGGCACCACCCCAUGGAGAGUCUUUGCCUAGCUCAUUCUCUAAGAACAACAACGUUAACAUGUCGAAACCUCCAAGGCUCUCAUCUGAUCAUCACAUUCAAAGAACAAUCUCAGACAUCUCGUUUGAGCUAACCAAGGAAGGGAUUGAUUUGGCACUUCCACCAAUAACUGAGGUUGUGGAUGCCAAGUGUGAGUGUUGUGGGAUGAGUGAGGAGUGCACGCCUGAAUACAUAGAGCGUGUGCGUGACAAGUUCUUGGGGAAGUGGGUGUGUGGGUUGUGUGCUGAGGCAGUGAAGGAAGAGUUGGAGAAAAAUGGUGGGAAGAAGGAAGAGGCAUUGAGUUCACACAUGAGUGCAUGUGUUAGGUUCAACAAAUAUGGAAGGGCUUUCCCAGUUCUGUUCCAAGCUGAGGCCAUGAAAGAGAUGCUCAAAAAGAACAAAAUGGAAGGGAGAAGGGCCAAGUCCUUCAACCCAAGGGACAAAGGAGGACAAAAGAAAGGAGGCAUUGCAAGGAGUUCAAGUUGCAUUCCAGCAAUCACAAGAGAGAUGAACGGUCUCACAUUGGCCAAUUAAGUUCUUAUUACUAUAACCUUCCUUCAGUAUUAAUUAAUUAAUUAAUUCCUAUGUGAAGGGGACAUGGUUUGGUAUCUCUAAUUAUUUACCUGUUCCCAUAAUUACUUUUUUUUUUCCUACUGACUAGUGACUGCUCCAAGUUUUAGGGGAUGAACAUGCAUGGCCCUAUGUUCAUGGAAAGAAUUGAAGCCCAAGUUACCUUCUCAUGAGUCCAAGGUUUUUUGGGGGUCUCUCACCACAUUCUUGUUUUUGGAAGUUGUUGGUCCACCCGACUUGACUUCUUGUCUGCGUUUUUUUCUAUUGCGAGGGUUUAUGGUUUGUUUUUGGUCAGUGGCUUUUCUUGUUUGAGUUUGAGUUAUUCAAUGUGCGUAAUAAUGUAUUCUGGUAUUUUCAAUCUCAUUAUGGAAUAAAAUUUACCUGAUGCAUUAAUUUAUA